UGGAGCUAAUGGACAUUCUCCAUGAGGCAGAAGAAGAAGAAGUAGAAGAACAUAAGUGUUCCGAAGAAGUUAGCCAUUCGUGGCAUAUUGCCUUUGUCUGUCUGCCCCACGAAAAACAAGAGUAAGUUAGUCAGCUGCAGUUGUCUUCAGUGCCUUUAGCGUCCGUGUACCGCCUGGGUGAACAUAAGCCACUAUAAGCAGUCGCUAAUCCGGAGUACAACACAUCUCUCUGUCCGUAUCGGCAGUGCAAAGACAAGAAGCGGCGGUAUGAGGAUUCGUCUGCGCCGAGCCAUAGCCACCUGUACUGCUGCAGCACUCGCAGUUGUGCUGCCCGUGUCAGUGCUCCUGCGAGGCACGUCCAACUCCGCAACACCAGUCCCGUCUGGAUAUAACAUAAGGACGCAAGGAUGUGUCAUACGAAAGUUCGACCCAUUUCACCCCUCCGUCGCGAACCACUUCGAAAAGGUAGAGGAAUACGCUUGUCCUGGAAAGCCGAACUUUAUAACCAUCGAGAGCGGAGUUCCACUGGUGGAUACAGAAGCCUUGUCUGUACACGGCGUGAGCCGAACGGAGCUCGCAUGCACGUACAGUGAGAUAUACAGGAAUAUGUCUGCCCCCGUACCAGACAGUUCCUUCUACUACGGACCAGUGGUUACAUUACGCUUCGGCCAGCCGUUAUGUGGGGAGUUCGUCUUCGUGAAUUGCAGCACGACCAGAAGCGGAAAGACCAACGAAGUUUUCCAUCAACAGUUUCUGAUUAACCCAGUCGUUAAAAAAGAAGGUAAGCCCGAAGUUCGGAAUAUGGGCCGUGGCAAGCACCACAACCUGAGUGUGCUGGUUCUAGGCCUCGACUCUGUCUCGCACCUCAACUUUGACCGACACCUGCCCCUCACGGCGGACUUUGUGCGUAGCAGCCUGCAUGCUUUCGAACUUCAUGGCUACAACAAAGUGGGAGACAACUCUUUUCCCAAUCAAUGCCCCGUACUCACAGGUAUGACGGCUAAGGAGGCCCUAAACGCCUCGGAAGAUCUCUUCGUAGACCACUUGGACUUCGUCUGGAACCACUACGCCAACCGGGGCUACCGCACCAUGUUCGUGGAAGAACAACCAAAGUACGGUAUUUUCAAUUACGACUUAAACGGCUUCCGCGGCACCCCGACGGAUUAUUAUCCGAGGCCCUUAGUCAUGGCCGUAGAAAGCUCUUCUAUUACAAGUCAAAGGUCGGUUGGUCUGCUCUGCACCGGCCCAGUUGCGCCCACUGCCCUGUACCUCGAUUAUCUAACGAGGUUCGUCACGCAUAUGAAAGACGACCUAUUCUUCGCUUAUGUAUUUCUGGCCGAGUUCAGCCACGAGACCUUAAACUACGCCGGUUACACGGACGCUUACUUGCGGAGGUUCCUCGGGAAGUUCCAAUCCAGCGGGGCUGCCGACAGGACAAUGUUAAUAUUUUGGAGCGACCACGGCAUGCGGUACGGUCCCAUUCGCACGACGUUCAUCGGAAAGUACGAAGACCGUCUUCCGUUUGCGUUCAUUGCACUACCAAAGUCCUUCCUGGACGCAUAUCCUAAGACGAAAAGAAGUCUCUACCUCAAUCAAAGAAGACUUACGACACCUUUUGAUCUACAUGCGACGAUGAUGGAAUUCCUCGACUUUCCCGAAAGCGAAAGACCGGAGACAAAACGAGGUCUGAGUCUGUUCCGCGAGGUGCCACCCACCAGGACGUGCGAGGCAGCGUCGAUACCUCGUCAGUGGUGUUCUUGCGAGCCGUACGAAAAAGAAAUAAUUAGUCCAAACGAUCCGCUAGCCUGGUCGAUGGCUGAAGCGUUCGUUCGCCAGAUGAACGAGUGGCUGAAAGGAAGACGCCGGAAGUGUGACAAGGUAUUUCUGAGGGAUGUACUGGACGUGAGCGCGGUACAGAGGACGCGGCAGGACAGGGUACAAAAUAUAAGUUUCUACUGGGUGAUGCUUGAAGUAUCGCCCGGUGGUGGAAUCUUUGAAGGAACUGUAGGCGUGAAUCCUGUCGACAACAGUUUUAUCGUUGAAGACGAAGUUACACGUUGCAACCGUUAUUAUUUGAAUUCUUACUGUUUGGUCGACCACUGGUUGGAGCAGUUUUGUUUCUGCAAGAGGACUUACGGCGUUGAACUCUAACAGGCAAUAAAGGGUUGUCCUCUUUC